GGUAAUCAGCGCCAUGGUACCGGAAGAGCCAUUGUGUUGUCGCUUUUGUGAGCUAACACAGCCACUGAGUUGCGCUUCUUUCCAACAUAAUUCACGGCGGAAGCAAAGUGAAACAUGUCUGCAAGCAUGCCGCCGGGCAGCAUGAAUUUAGAGUCGCAGCUUUUGUCCAUAAUGGAUGUGCUGGUGAAAGCGGCGGUGUCAGAAAUCAGUCAGCUGUUCUCGGAGAACUCGUCGUCUCUCCGGCUGCAUCUCAGUCAGAGCCUGAGGGAGAACGAAGCGCUGAGGAUGAGGAUGAAGGUGACCCGGAGUGAGCUCUUCUCCCUCCGGCUGCAGACCAGGACCAACCGGCCGGUCAGCCGCUUCUCCCCGAUCCGAGGAUACACCCCCAAACCCCGGGCUAAAUCCCACGUGGUUACUAAGCCACCAAUGCCACAAAAGAUGGAAACUGUUGUGGAAACUUCUACUAUUGCUCUUCAAUCAGAGAACGAGCCUUCCUUCCCUGCCCCUCAAGUCGAGUGUAUAGUGGAGACACCAGAUGUCAUCCUGAUCAAAGAUGAAGAAGACGUGGGAGGAUGUGUGCGAGUUGGAGGUCAGGAUGACUUUGGAAACCACAGUACGCAGGGUGGUGUUUCUACAGUGACUCCGAAAUUGGACUCCUGCCUGACGGAUGAUAAUGAGGAUCUGAGAAUCGUGAGUGUUCACGGACGAGGGGAAGGGCCUCUGCAGGAGGAGAGCGACACCCUCUUCACUGCCUCUGAACUCCAGGCUUUGAGCUCACUGUCUCCCCACCACAACGUCCACCAUGACAGUCUCCUGAAUUUCACCACAGGUGCCAGCGACAGAGUCCCGAUGAGAGGGAUGCAGGAAAACAGAAACCUUCAACUGGCUUCAACAGCAUUGAAUCCUGCUUUAGAAACACAAAUAAUAGGAGCUGAUGUUCUUGUGGGCCAGCCCAGUCAUGUUAGCCAGUUCACCCAGCAGCCAAACAUCUACCCUCACGGCAUCAACAAAUCUCUCGACUGUACGUUCUGUGGUGAGCGCUUCCUCCGCCGUGAAGACCUGAUUUUGCAUAGAGCAAGUCACACUGGAGAGCCGCCAGUUCUUUGUACCUUUUGCGGCAAAUCAUUCUUCUCCAAGACCACGCUGAGCAUCCACAUGCGCAUUCACACUGGGGAGAAGCCGUACGCUUGUAAUCAAUGUGGGAAGCGCUUCACGCAGAAUGGCAGCCUGAAGAUCCACCUGAGGACUCACUCUGGAGAGAAGCCAUACACGUGCAACCAGUGCACAGCCAGCUUCAACAACCCCAGCAACCUGCGCAGACACAUGAUCACACACAUCAGUAACGGGCUGAUCUGACAAUGGCUUAAAGAUAUUUUUAAAGAAGUUACUUUUACUGACUGUGCUGCAUUGUGUUUGUGUGCUUUUUUUAUAACAAAAUAAGUUAUAGUGGGUCUAAUGCAAUCCAUAAACUACAAGUACACUAAUGUGUUGUCAGCUUCCCAGUAAAAUAAUAGAUUUUUUAAUAAUCUUUUUUUAAUACCAUCUGAAAAUCAGACAAAUAUAUGACUCUUUCAUCAUUCAAGGAGUAAGUAGUGCCUUCAUUUCAAUGAAAUUUAUAAAUACUUUUAUAUAUUGUACCUUCUCGUAGCCAACUCUGCAAAUUAUACAACUAUAGCUUAAUGCUAUAAAUAAUGAUUCAAUGUGGAAGAUACGCUCAUUAUUAAAGACUCACGCAUUUGCUAUGUUAAAUAAUAUUACAGCACUGUAAACGCCUGUAAACUGUAGUGGAAACCGUGUGAACAACCGUGAUUUGGACAUUGGAUAACAAUGUACUUUAUAUUGUAGUAUAUAUUGUGAUAUAGUAAAUACUCAAGAAAAAUUGUUUAUCUAUAAUCCAAUUAAUGAAACGAUAUAUUACAAAUAUUCACUAGAAGGUAUCACACUGAUGCAGAAGCCCUGUCUGACAGUUCUGCUCAUUUAUCUGCUAAUGUUAGAUAUACUAAAGGGGUCACAUUUGUUUUAUGCUCUGGAAAAAUCCAGUUAUGAUAUGAUUCACACAUUUCUGUUUAUAUAUAUUGCCAUAGCGCCAAACCCUAGUACAACAGAGCAUGUUACUAUGAUGCUAAUUUAUUGUUGACAGUUAUGAAAGUCUACAGUGGACAAAGAAUCCCAACAUUGAGUAAUCAUUCGAUUUGGAAUAAUCAAACUCAACAUAAUUUAUUAUCAAAAAUGUGUUUCUUACUGUAAGCUUAAUAUCUGUUAAAGGAAGAGAGACAUGUACAUGUGUUUUAUUUUGUUCAAUGUGUGUGUAUAAUUUAAAAAGCAAACUACCUCCACUUGUAUCUCUGUUUCAGCUCUCUUCUCUGCUUUUGCACUUCCCAGAGGGUUAAAGACUGGUCAUUAAUACUUUAACUGUGGUUUCUGUUUGUGGAUUUGUAAUCUGCAUAUGCAAUUAUAAAUAAAUACGGAUUUGUUUAACAGCU